AUGGCUCUCGGCACUCGCACAGUUAAUAGACCAGCACCUAUGCUUCUAGCUCCGACGCAAUUCGUAACCAGUUUGGCCACAAGCUAACGAUCUUGGCGGCAGCAGCUCAGCCCAGCUCCAUCACUCGGCCAAGUCGCCUCCCCGCAACCACACACACGCUAUGCCAGCUCCAGCUCUAGCUCCUCUUUCGACUCCCUCCAAUGGCACCGUCCCGACGGCAGGGAAUCUGUUCACCCUGGAGAACAGGGUCUUCUGCUGCUACCUCUUCUGGGCCACGGUCCUGGUGGCCAAGAUGCUGCUGAUGUCACUGCUCACAGCCCUGCAGCGUUUCCGGUACAAGCUGCUGGCUCUAGUUCCGCUGAAACUACGGCGCAAGAUUUUCCCCAACGAGGAGGAUCUGUUCUUCAAGAACAUCGAAGUCCAGUUCGACGAUCCGCAUGUGGAGCGUGUGAGAAGAGCCCAUCGCAACGAUAUGGAGAACAUCCUGCCGUACUUCAUCAUGGCCCUGAUCUACAUCAGCACCAACCCGAACCAGGACGUUGCCUGCAACCUGUUCCGCGUGGCCUCGGUCGCCAGGAUUGUGCACACUCUGGUCUACGCCGUGUAUCCCGUUCCGCAGCCCUCGAGGAUCCUCGCCUUUGGCACCAUGCUUCUAAUCACCUUCUACAUGGCCGCCGUCGUUGCCCUGCGCACCUUGAGCUUUAUCUAAAUAAACCUGACCCGCAA